AUGAUGCUUGAUUUUUCUAAAGUAGAAAACAAUCCAGUACCGGUUAUUGCUGAGAAAUUUAAUCCAAAUGUGACGUUUGUUGUAUACCGUAACAAGAACAAGAAUGUCGUUGUAUACGCUGCACGUCUAUUAGAAGAUGGUACAUUGGAUCCAGAAAAUCCAUUGGACAUUUAUUGGAUCAUGUUUGAGCAAGAUGGAACACCACGUGAAGAGCUCAAUAUGCUUGAACGUAAUACGGCGUACGGUGCAAUUGUUACACCACGUGAGGGUCAUCCUGGUGAGUAUGAAGUAACGCUAACGUCGCUUAAGGACCGUGUCAUUUACCUGUCAGUUGUGGACGGUAAACCUGUGGGUCGUGGCUGUAUAAAUGGUCAAGACAAUUGUACACUCGAGCGUGUAUUUGUACACUCGACUACGUCAUGGGGGAUGCCUAAAGUGAAGCACAUUGAGAUCCAUGGCAAGGAUGAGUCGGGCAGUUGUAUCAUGGAAAAGAAGAUUCCGUAA